CAAAUAAUUAUUCCCCAUCACGGAUAUAAAUUAUAUUUUUAGGUUUGCUUGAUGUUGUUCGUUGUAUACACUACCGUCUAGCAUAACUUGGCAGAAAUGCCGUAAUUAAAUAACAUUUGUAAACAUUAUUUUAUUAUAUCUGUUCAAUAACUACAAUAAAGAUCAAGGAUUUCCAUCACUGUAGCCACCCAUCGUGAGAAGAAAUUUCUUAUUCAUAUUAAAAUCAUUUUACUAUAUGAUUUUAGCUUCGAUGCGAAGCUGAGGAGGGAAAAUUGUAAUAGAAACACUAAUAUGGCAUCGGAAAUCAGUCAGGGUAAAACAAUUUGCGUCUUAGCAGUUGUAGCUGGAUGUUUUGCAGUAUUAUGGCCAUCAUUGUUUUAUCCAAUGUUGAAAGGCUCUUUUGGACCACAGCAUCAAACAGUUUGGAAUAUAGGAUGUUGUGAUGUAGUAUCAAGUUCAGAUAUGAAUCUAGUAAAAAUAAUAACUGAUAUAUGUGACCAAUCUAUUGGAAAAGUGGAUAAAAAGAGAUAUUGGGAAAUGUGUCGACGUGAAAUAUACAAUACUUGUGCUAUCAACGUAACAGAUUUGGUUAGUGGUAACCAAGUUGGUGUGAUUGAUUCGUCAAAUAAACAUGUAGUUGAUAAAAUACGAUCCUUGAAUGGAUCAUUGUGUUUAAAAUAUCAUUAUGGAGUUUCAUUGACAAGUUUGGGGGUUGAACAUAGGUUAAAAGAGUAUAAUCCAAAAAUUAGCAAUAUUCCACAAGAAAGAAUUCCGGUGCACCUCAAAGCAACAAAAGGAACUAUGCAUCCAGCUCUAUUAGAAAAAGGAAGAGCAAUCCCUCAACCACACAUCGGACCACGACAUUCUGGUCCACCCACACCACAUAGUUUCAAGCCAACAGUUCAAGGAUCAAAACCACCAAUGCCAGGUAUGGGUGGUGCAAAUAAUAGACUUGGAGGAGGCGAAGGCAGUACCAUGAAUAUAUUAAUGCCAAUGUAUACAAUCGGCAUAAUUUUAUUUUUCGUUUAUACAAUGAUGAAGUUGCUUACGAAGAAAAAUGAAGAUGAAAAUUACCCUUAUGAAAAACAAUAUUUACCUCGGAAGUAUUCUUUGAACGAUGACGAUAACAAUGAUAGUAAACAACAACUAACACAAAAUGGGCAUCCUAAAUUAGGAUUUGUUGAAAAAGAUACAAGCGAAAUAGAAAUCGAUGCGCUCCGUCGUAAGCUAGAAGAAACUGAGGCUGCGAUGGAACGCAUUGUUAAACAAAUGAUUUUGGCGUCUGAGUGCAAUAGAAUGGAAGGGACUAAGGAACACGAGACUUGUCCAAAAGAAGCGGAAUGUGUUGAUAGUAAAUCUAUAAAUGAUAUUUCCGAAGUUACAUGUAGUACAGAUUUAAGCAUAACCAACAAAAGUGAUAAAAAUCUCUGUAAUGACGUAGAAGAAGGUGAUAUGUCUCCUAGAUCAGAAGUUUUGGGCAAGAAAGUUAUUCAAGUUGUCAAUAUGGAGACAUCUGAAGGAGUCGAAGGAGGUCAUUAUUGGACCCCAAAAGAGCAAGAUAUUAAAAAAUUCGAAAUAGAUAAAACGACUUCUGAACCAAUAUCUUUGUUUAUUCCUGGCCCAAUCCCAAAGCACUCCCAACUUUUAGUUAGUGAUGGUCCACAUAAUACACCAGGUGAAACAGAAAAUUAUGAAUCAGUAGUUUCCAGUAAAGUUACGUUGUCCUUAAUACCCGACGACCGAGAAAAUUCGGAAGAAUCGAUUGAUGAAAAUGAAGCAGAAGAAGAUGAUGAAAAUGAAGAAGAAGAAGAUGAUGAAAUUAACGACAAAGAUGAUUAUGAUGAUGGUUGCGAAGAAUCCGAAGAUGGCAGCGAUGACAAUGAAAAAUAUGAAUAUGACGAAGAUACCACUAAAACUAAUACGCCUACAAAAACGAGUUGAUUAAAUACGAAUGACUAACAUCCUUUUUUUUAGAUGAAAAUAUUUUUUCAAUUAUUUUAUUAAAAUUAUCUCAAUAUGAUUAUUUUUGAAUACACUGAAUAAUGUAUUCAAUGUAUUCAAUCAAAAUCAUUGACCGGCUAUUAGUAGAAAACUAAAAAAAAACACUUACAUUUGUCAUUAAUAACUGCAUAAAUAUAAUGCAUUAAAUAAUUAGUUGCUUUUCAUUAUCUUGUUUUUAAUUUCUGUGAAUACUCUAAAAUUGCAAAUAUUAAUAACUAAAUCAUUUAUAUUAGGAUAAGCACGUUGGGAUACCUAUGUUUAAUUCUUUCUGAAAACUACAUUUUUUCCCAAUUAUGUAAACUCUAAUUUUAAUUAAAUGACUAAGAAAACAAUCAAAAAUAUUUAAAAUUUUGGUUAUACUACUGUUUCUAUGGAAUAGAUGUGAUAAGUGAUUUUUAUGGUUUAUCAAUUUUGUAAUUUAUAUCCUUGUUAAGUUUUUAAAUUUUUACUGAUAUACAAUUGCCAAAUAAAAUAUUUUGUACCUUAUCCAUUUUUAAAAAUAUUUUAUCUUUUAAGUAUCAUUGUAAUAAAAUAAAUGUAUAAUUUAAUAGUA